CUAACUGCUGCAAUGUGCCGACGAAGAAGAAAACCCGGAAGUAGGCUGUGUUUUGUUUUGUCAGGGCGGGAAAGCUCACCGAGGAAGUAAACAAACUACACUCCUCUUUGUACCUCCAUGAACGCUACAGGGUGACACAUUUUGACCAUGCCGUCCAAACAGCAGGAUGUGGCCAAAUCUAACAUCUCCCCAGUUCUGUUCAUGACCGUGGACGGUGAACCCAUGUCUUUCUUUCUGCGACCGGGUCCUGUUAAACGCCAGCUCCAGCCGCUCAUCACAGCUGGAUCAGGGACGUUGUGCAAUGUGCAGCAGCCAGGGGCAAUCCUGCUGAUUGAUCCAGAGGAAAGAGGCUCUAUUCCUGAAACUAGUGCUCACUGGUACGUGUCCACCCAGUACAUUCACGACUGUGUUGAGAAGGGUGAACAGCUGAAUUUAGAGGACUACAGGUUAAAUCCUGAAGUGGUCCCGAGACAGCCUGCUAGACUCAACAAUAGCAAAGAGACCUCAACUAGAGUCUUAGAAGGCAGGGUUGCCUACACCGCUGAGGAGGAUGCUGCCAUUUUGAGUCAUGUCAGCAAGCACAAGACAACGAUUGGGGGAAACCGGCUUUGGCAAGAGAUGGAGAAGCAGCGUGUGACUAGUCACAGCUGGCAGUCCAUGAAAUACCGUUAUAGAGCGCAGCUGGCAAAGAAAAAGUCAGAGGUUGUGGAGGUGACAACAACAGAGAAGGACACCAAGGCAGCAGAGGGAGAGAUCAAGGUAGAAGGAAAUAAAGAGACAGAUGUUCAGAAAACCUCCAGUGCAGAAGAUGCUACUCCACCUCAGAUACACUCAGCGGACACAGACCUCACACAGAUAGACGCCCUGUCCGAACCAUCUGAAAACACACAACCAGAGAUUGUGGAAGCUCAAACAUCCAUCCCUCCCCAAGAAGAAGAGCAACAUGUGAACUCACAGACAGAUAAACAGCCAGCUGAGAGCUCACAGGUAGAGACUGUAGAAGCUGAAGCAUCUAACUCCCCCCAACCUGAGGGACCAUGUUUGGACACACAGACCGAUGCUCGCCCCAUUCCAGCUGAUAGUGCAGAACCAGAAAUGGAUGAACCACAAACAAUCAUCUCUCCACAAAAAGAAAGUGUGCCAGAGGACUCUCUUCCAGAUCAGCCUGAGUCCCUGCCCGACACCCCUCCUCAGAAAAAGCCCAAAGAGAAGCAGAAGGCCUCCCUUGAGCCGGAACAACCGCAGCGUCGCUCAACACGCAGGCAGCUUGUCGUCGAAAUGAUGUCAUCGCCUGAACCUUAUGCCAAAAAACUCAGAUCUUCAACACCUUCUCCAGUGCUAUCGUCUUCAUCUCUCCAGCCCUCAAAGAAAACUAAAUCAGCCGUUAAGUCUCCUCUUCAAACUGACACAACAGUAGACCAGCCGCCUUCUAAGAGAGCCAGAGGAAAGAGUCUAGCAGCAGUGGAGGAGAGUCAACAGGAGGAGACUGAAAAAGCUGUCGUCUCUGAAACAGCACAAGCAGAUACUGAGUCUAAUUCAGAGCCACAGGAAGGAAAGAAGAAAGAAAAGAGAAAGUUGGGGAUUUUAGAGUUGGCUACAAAGGAGUUUGAAGAUGAAAGUGAGUCUGAUGAGGACGGAGCUCCAGAUAUCCAAAACCCAACUGAAACAGUGAUGACAAAACCCACAUCCACAGGACCUCCGCUCCCCACUUCAGACACAGCUGCAGACACACGUACUUCCACAAAGUCCAACCCUGAACAUGGACCACGCCUCCAGGAGGACACGCAAGAGCCCCAGACCUCCAGUAGCAACUGCCUGCCAAAGACAGGCGGCCCCGAACCUGCAACCACUGAACCUGCAACAACUAAACCUGCAACAACUAAACCUGCAAUAACUGAACCUGCAAUAACUGAACCUGCAGCCACUGAACCUGCAACAACUAAACCUGCAACAACUGAACCUGCAGCAACUGAACCUGCAACCACCGAGGCUGUCAAUGCAACCUCCAAGGCCCACCUGUUCAUAUUCGACAGGGAAUCUCAGGAGGAAGACUCUCAGUCCCUUAUUGGUGAUAAUCCAGUAGCUUCAUCUAAGCCACAGCCAACAGUGAACAAAGACGCUGCAUUUUCACUGACCCAGGUCCAGUUGGAAGAGGACAAGCAGCGAAUCAAAGAGCUGAUGAAGCAGACAAACCAGGACUUAGUCAGUGUGACCAAAGCCCUGUUGAGGACCAGCGGAGACUUCUCUGCUGCCCGGGAGCAGCUUUUGAACCCCUCCUCCAUUUCAGGACCAUUUUGGAGUCGCUGUGACGACGCUCUUUUGAUCUCGGCUGAUCUGUCGGUCCGACAGCAGCUGCUAGAGAAAUACAGCGAGGAGGGCGUGGCCAAAAGAAUCAUGUUCCUCGAGGUAGAGGGAUGAAAAUGAAAGACAGGUUAGUACUAAUAGAACGGAGGAGUAAGCAGAUCUGGACAUAAGGAGUAAACUCAUCUAUUAUACAGCCUAACUAGUGUGAAAUUAGUGAGCUGGUUAGCUGACAUUUGAUUCUUUCAGCAUGAAAACUAUACAUUUUGUGGCCCUCUCUUUAAUUGCUGCUCCUCUUGACUAACUUUGAAGUGAUAAAAUCAGAAAAUUAAACUAGAGGCUUUAACUAUUAAACAUUUUUAGGUAGGUUAAGAAGAGGCUAAUAUUUGUGCCAUGCUCUAUACCUUUGUUUAGGAGCAGAAUCUUUUAAUGCAUUCAUCAUAAAAAUACUAUUUUAUGUGGUUUUAAAUUUGUUUGUAUACAUUAAAUUGCAUAUACAGUAGUUUUAUACCAUUUAAAACACUUGCUUGCAUUAUAAAUAAAUAAAUAAAUAAAUGUUCUUGUUUUAUAUGUGUUGUGUUUCACCACUUACUUUGAACAAAUUGCAUCUGAGUGUUUAAAAGAAAAAUGACACUUGGGCCUUGUAUGAAAUCUGUGAGAGGAGGACCUCUAGUGGUCACAGAUUAAUGAAAACAUGAAAAUAAGUUAAACUGGUACCCUUUAACUAAAAAGAGUUGCUGCUUUUAGUGUAACAAAAUGUGCCUCGACUACUGAAAGUAUUAUAAAUAUUACUGCAACCAAGUUCUUGCAUUGUUUCAUACACACACUGUCACAAUUUUCUGGAUUUCCAAGUGGAAGUAAAAAGCUCAGAUUUAGGUGUUAGAGCAAUUUAUAUCCACUUUGUCAUUAACAGGAAAUAGUACAGGAAAUAAUGUGUAGAGAAAAACAAGGUCCAUUUUUGAAUUAAUACCAACAAUCACCAUUUUGAGUAAAGCCAUUCAUCUUCACUGAAAUAGAUGGUAAUGAUUGGAUUACGUAAAUCACACUUUCCAACAAUUAUACAAUUAUAUUUUGUAUAUCCAUGGCUGUAAUGAACUGCAAUACAAAAUGGAUUUCUGAUGACAACAAAAGUGCCCCAACUUUGUCUUUUGGAGGGCCAAAAUUGAAACUUAAUGGUGGGCGACGAGCCAAAUGCAAAAACCUAUUGUACUGUAUUGUUAAGAUGCAAAAUGGUACUAGGAUCCCAAGUGGCCCUAAUUGAAAUGCCUUUUUGUCCGUGUGUCACGGUCUUUGCUUUUUAAUUUUUUUUCUUAUGUCACUCCCGUCAAACUGACUACCAGUGCAAAGUGUCACUCUGCCUGCCGUGCUCAGUUUAUCAAAAAUAAUUGAUGAUUAGGCACUCUAUAUAUUCAAAGAGCAUUUUUACCUCACAAAAAAUAAAACCGCAUAAACAGUGAUUUAUGAUACAAUUUUAAAAAAAAAAACAAUUUGCUAGAAAACAUCUGGGGGACCAAAUCGAACCUUAUGACGGGCAAACUUUGGGCAGCCCAGAUUUACAGUAACAUUAAAUAACUACUAUAUAAAUCACUUUGACUACAGAAUAGACCGUACAUAUUAGUAAUAAUAAACUUUAUCACUUUUACUAAUGGUUGUAAACAGAGCAUUAAAGUAUAUUAUAUUAACAAAACAACUACAAUUUAAAAAAAAAAAAAAAAAUCAUUUUCUGAACACAUGAAACCUACUCUUUAAAUUAGAAUAGUUUAUUUGUGAGUGUAAAGUAUAAAAAAAAGAAACAAAUUAGCCUUGAUUUUUAUCCAAUCCACCAUUUUAUUUCAUUUUUCCCCCCAAUAUCAAUAGAGUACAUUCAUAAUUUUUAAACAUUCUGCCCCAGACCCACAUGAAUACACUGUAUCAAGAGUUUAAACAAAAAUAAUAACAAAUCUAAGAGAGAAAAGCAAUUAAAUUAAAGCAAACAGAUCAACCACUUCAAAUGAAACCAACAGGAUACUUCCUGUGAUGCAAAUGAAACACAAAGACCAGUAUCCAACACACCCAAAUAUGGCCACAAGUAUUGCUGCACCUUUUAUCUCCCCCGUCAUAAAAUGAAAUACAAGAAAUAAUGACAUUUAACAGCAAACGUGUAUGCCAAUGGAUGUCUAAAACUGUAUGUUGACAUGACAGUUAACCAUUUAAUCCCAGUACCACACUGAUAAAAACCAAUCCUAUAAAACCCUUUUUAGUAUGAAACAUUCACAUCCAACCCGGACCUAAUUUACAUACAUCUAGGUCACACAUACUGUAAGUUGUUCAGGUAAGAACCCGUUUAGUAAAGCAAAACAUACCAAGGUCUC